AUGAGGUCUUUGGAACAGGGUGUGGAGAUUCAUCAAAGAGUAAUCGAAAGAGGUUUUUUGUCAGACGUUGUAGUUAUCAAUUCCCUCAUAGAUAUGUAUGUGAAAAGUGGAAGCAUACAGAAAGCACGCGAAUUGUUUGACAAAAUGCCCAAACGGGAUCCGGUUUCAUGGACUGUGAUAAUUGCAGGAUGCGUGCGGUACGGAUUUCUUGAUGAUGCAUUAAAGAUUUUUAAGGAAAUGCCUCAAAGGGAUGUGAUCUCAUGGACUGCAGUGCUUGCAGGAUAUGCGCAAAACGGGCUUGCUGAAAAAGCUCUGAAGAUUUUUAAGGAAAUGCUAUUCGAAAGACUAAAACCUGACUCCGCAACCUUUGCUAGCGUCCUUCCUGCUUGUGCCCAAAUAGGAGCAUUGAAGGAGGGUAUGGAGAUCCACCGCAUAAUUAUUGAAAGCGGAUUCUUGUCAGAUGCAAUCGUUGUGACGGCUCUAAUAGUUAUGUAUAUGAAUUGUGGAAGGAUACAGAAGGCGCGCGCUUUGUUUGACAAAAUGCCUAAACAGGAUGCCAUCUCCUGGAAUGCAAUUGUCGCAGGAUAUGCACAUAAUGGUGGUCUUGGUGAGGCUUUGCGACUUUUUCGAGAAAUACCUCAGCGGAAUGUGGUCUCAUGGACUGCGAUGAUUACAGGAUAUGCGAAAAAUGGGUUUAUUGAAAAGUCCUUGGAGUUUUUUAAGCAAAUGCAGUUAGACGGUGUAAAGCCAAAUUCAGCAACCUUUGCCAACGUCCUUUCAGCCUGUGCGACAAUGAUUGCUUUACAACAAGGUAUGGAAAUCCAUCAACGAGUAAUUGAAUGCGGUUUUUUGUCAGAUGUCAUGGUUGUGAUUGCCCUGAUAGAUAUGUAUGCAAAAUGUGCAAGCAUAAAAAAGGCACACAAAUUAUUUGAAAAAGUGCAUCGUCCAACUGUGGUCCUAUGGACUGCAAUGAUUGCAGGAUACGCAAAUCAUGGCCAUGGCAAGGAUGCCCUGGAACUCUUUGAGCUAAUGAAGCACUCUGGAACCAAUCCCAAUCAUGUGAGCUUUGUUUGUGUUUUAUUUGCAUGCAGCCAUGCAGGUCUAGUGGAUGAGGGUUGCAAAUACUUUAAUUGCAUGAAUGACUCUUAUUCCAUUAUGCCCACUAUUGAUCAUUAUACAUGUAUGGUUGACCUUCUUCGACGUGCUGGCUAUCUAGAGGAAACUCUAAACUUCAUCAUCAAGAUGCCAAUAAAACCAGACGCGGUUGUGUGGAUGUGUUUGCUUGGUGUAUGUAGAUCACAUGAGAAUAUAGAGCUAGGAGAGUUUGCAGCAACUCUCAUUUUUGAGUUGGAUCCUAGAAUGCCCACCCCGUAUGUACUUCUUUUACACAUAUAUGCAGAUGCGGGCAGAUGGGAUGAUGUUCAAAGGGUUUGGAAACUGAUGAAAGAUAAAGGAGCUAAAAAGAUACCUGGAUGUAGUUGGAUUUAA